AUGAAGUUGGAGCAGCCCCUGCCGUCAGAUCCAGAUGCGUUGGAGGUUCUGUUCCACAAAGGAAUCGACAGCCUCCAGGACAUGCCAGCGGACAAGCGCCGCGCAGAUCAAUCCGUCUAUGAAAUACUGAGAACCAAUCCCGACGCGACUAUCUUCUGCAGCAUGGUGGAGAAGCAUGCGAACUUGUUAUCACGGCUACAGGAUCUCAACAGCGGCGAACAUACCGUGCUGGUGCCUCUGGACGAGUCUUGGAAGCACAAUGGCGAGCUCAUGACACGGAUGGGCAGGGACCAAGACUUUCAAGAAGCGGUAUUGUCGGCUCAUAUCUCACCACAUUACGUGACCACCGACACCUUGGUUCGAUUUCUCAAUAUACCGACUAUUUUGACACCAGAUGGUGCGAAUGGACCUCAAUUAGCCCGGACACGCCGUUCGCGCACAUUUCAAAUCAAUGAGGCAGCAACGCUGACCACUGGAAACAUCAUCGCCAAGAAUGGCAUUGUGCACUACCUCGACCGGGUCCUGACACCGCCGCACAGCUCUCUCAGCGUGCUUCAAUCGUUCUCGGAAUUAAGUCUAUUCAACAAGGCUCUUCUCGAGCUGAAGAUGGCUGAUGACUUUGCCGCCCUAGGCAUCAAAGGCCGAACAAUUUUCGCGCCAACUGAUGCUGCUUUCAGGGCUCUCGACGACGAAAUACUCGAGUUCCUUUUCGACCCCAAGACAGGCUAUCCGUAUCUGAAAGCCCUUAUCAAAUACCACAUCUGUCCCAACGUCACCGUUUACACAAACCUGAUCUGGCCAAAGAACAACACCGGCCACCGCAUAUCUUCCAAAGAUAGCAUUGGAGUCUGCAAAGGCCAGCAGACACAAUCGCUUGCAACCAUGGCCAUUGAUACGGCGCGAGAUUUACCCGCAGCUGUUUCCUUGCAUAUUGCAAGGUACAAUGACUUGAUUGCCUUGACUUUGAACAGUAGUUCGCACGUUUUAGCACAGGAUAUAUUAGCUGAUGAUGGCGUUAUUCAUGUGGUGGAUGCGGUUUUGUUACCAGGUAUGGAGGGAAUUCAAGGUGCAGCUGAGCCUGCCUCUAAGCGUUUGAAGAUUAUAACUCUUCCGGAGCUGAGGCAGCUGCUGAUGUCGUUUGUAGAGCCUGAAUAG